UAAGCUAGCAGCAACAGCAGUGAAGUGAAAAAAAUCAUUUAAUUCAUGCAAUUUAGUAAAAGUUCAUGCAAAAAUGUGUAAAAAGAAUGUAUAAAUUUUUAUAGUAGUGCGUAAGCGUCGCGUCGGUAUGUCUCGUAUGUGUUUGAAUGUUUUAAUUACGUGUGCAACAACCAAAUAUUUGUGUACAAAUAAACAAAACGACCUGUGAAAAUAUCGCCCACGCCUUCCUUCCACUAACCGUAGUCACAAUUCACCGUCGCAUUGACAGUAGCAGCCACAAGCGCAGUGAAAGCAGUUGAAAAUAUUGAAAGUUACAAAUAUCGCAGCACAUUUUAAUUGGAUCACGGCGACGUUAAAAACGCCCACAUCUUCGGAGGUCAUCAGCGUCACCGGCGCAAUGCCACUGGCCGAUUUGAAUAAAGAUUUGCGCCAACAGCACCAGUUAGGCGUUGGUAUAGCUGUCGGAAAUAAUGUCCACCCGGACAAUGCCAAUGGCGCCUUGGGCCAGCAGCAGCGGCGCCAGCGAAUGCAGAUCACUUCGUCAGGUUGUAGUAGUCUGGCCGUGACACCGAUGGAGCACACACCCACUGAUGAAGAAAGUGGUGGUGUGACCACUGUGACGUCAUCCCAGCGCAGGCAGCAAGCACAGCAACAGCAACAACAUUUGCAACAGGUGCAGCAAACGGCAUUACAAGCUGCAUUAGAACAACAUCACAUCAGCUCCGAUGCGGCGGAUACGACUGAACUGAUGGAUUUAAGUGAUUCGGAAGGUUAUGCGCCAGCUGUGGGUGAUGGGGAGUUGCGCGAAAAUGAGUUCGAGCUACGCGAAGUAAUAAAGGAAGGCCAUGACAAAGCCGACCCAUCGCAAUUCGAAUUGUUGCGUGUGCUGGGCGAAGGCAGCUUCGGUAAGGUGUUUUUAGUUCGCAAGGUUAUUGGCAAGGAUGCAGGUACGCUAUAUGCAAUGAAAGUGCUGAAAAAAGCCACGCUGAAAAUCAAGGACCGUGUGCGUAGUAGAAAUGAGCGUAAAAUUCUAGCCGACGUCGGGCAUGCGUUUAUCGUGAAACUGCACUAUGCCUUCCAAACACCCGGUAAAUUGUAUUUAAUAUUGGACUUUUUGCGCGGUGGUGAUCUAUUUUCAAGAUUAUCAAAAGAGGUGAUGUUCACAGAGGACGAUGUCAAAUUUUAUUUAGCUGAAUUGGCUUUGGCACUAAAUCACCUACACACAUUGGGAAUAAUUUAUCGCGAUUUGAAACCGGAAAAUAUUUUGUUAGACGAAAACGGGCACAUAGCGCUUACUGAUUUUGGUCUGUCGAAGCAACCUUUAGAUGGCUCCAAAACAUAUAGUUUUUGUGGUACCGUCGAAUACAUGGCACCGGAAAUAGUGAAUCGCAAGGGACAUGGUGUUGCAGCUGAUUGGUGGUCUUUUGGUGUAUUGAUGUUCGAAAUGUUGACAGGAAAUUUACCAUUCCAUGGACAAACGCGUCAAGAAACAAUGAAUCAAAUAUUACGCUCGAAAUUAGGAAUGCCCGAAAAUUUAUCGCCCGAGGCGCAAUCGCUUUUGCGGGCACUAUUUAAACGUAAUCCCCAAAAUCGUCUAGGUGCUGGAGAACACGGAAUACUGGAUAUUAAAGCGCAUUGUUUCUUUGCAACAAUUGACUGGGUGAGACUGGUGCGGAAAGAAGUACGUCCACCAUUUAUACCAGCAGUGUCGCGUGACGACGCGUUUUAUUUCGAUAUCGAGUACACCUCGAAGCCGCCACACGACUCGCCCGGUGGUCCAAUUUCUGCGUCGGCACAUGAAAUCUUUCGUGGUUUUAGUUUUGUGGCGCCGGUGUUACUGGAUGAAUCAUCAAACAAUUCCAGUCCACUAUCGCCUUAUGUGCCCCACGCACACAACCCGCAGCGUUCUCUGCCUGGUGUGCUGCCUGGCAACUUUCAUUCGGAAUACAAUUUGUUACAAGAAUUGGGACGCGGAACAUUUUCCGUGUGUCGUUUGUGUGAGCAUCGCUCAACCAAAAAACAUUUUGCUGUUAAAAUUAUUGAAAAGGCAGCGGCAGCAGCGUCGUCUACCUCCGCCGAUUGUUGGGAAGAGGUGGAAAUAAUGCUGCGAUAUGGAAAUCACCCUAACAUUGUCACCCUAUUCUCAGUGUAUGAGGACGUAACGUCUGCGUAUCUAGUUAUGGAGUUACUAAAAGGCGGAGAGCUACUCGAUCGCAUACUAGCAGUGGGACAAAUGUGCGAAAGUGAAGCCAGUGCGGUGCUGAGAACGGUUGUGUCAGCUGUGGCGUACCUGCACGAGCAUGGAGUUGUGCAUCGUGAUCUAAAACCAUCGAAUAUGAUUUAUGCCAGCAUGCGGCAAACGCCGGAGACUCUAAAACUUUGUGACCUGGGAUUUGCAAAGCAGCUGCGUGCCGACAACGGUCUGCUGAUGACACCAUGCUAUACAGCCAACUUUGUGGCGCCAGAAGUGUUGAAACGACAAGGUUAUGACUUGGCCUGCGAUAUCUGGUCAUUAGGAGUGCUGCUCUACAUUAUGCUCUCUGGUCGUACACCUUUCGCCUCAACGCCAAACGACUCUCCUGACGUGAUAUUAAAGCGGAUAGGUUCCGGACAUGUGGACUUCACUUCCAGUCGUUGGGCGAUGACCGGGCACGAAGUAAAAGAUCUGCUACGUCAGAUGCUACAUAUUGUGCCGGAGAAUAGACCGACAGCAGCACAAAUUUUGCAACACCCGUGGCUGCGCGAACAGUCAGCGGGUUCAGUGCGCCUCACAGAGUACGCGAUUAUUCCCACGCAAAUGUCAGCCAAGGGUGUCAACGCCACAGGUGAAAGAGGCUUGGGCGUGGCGCAACCCAACGCUAAUUCGGUGCGGGAGGCAACAGCGGCGCUCCGCGGCGCAGUCGAUGCGACUUUUCGCGCAAUUGCAAUACCACAAGCGGCAAAUGUGGGACCAGUAGAAUUGUCGAAAUUGGCGAAACGACGUGCCAAAGACCGAGCCAACCUGCACUCCUAAAUUUUUUUGGCGAAAUUUCAAUGAAUCAUCUGCUGGGGGGCUAGGUGUGAGCUAGAUAAAAACCAUUUAGUGUGCUAAAUGGAAAUUUGUUUACCAUAAAAGCAGUGUUGGUGCGUGUGUGGAAAAGCAAAUUGCCAUCAUUAUACUGUGGCACACAUUGUUAGCGUAUUUAUUAAUAAAACAUUUAUCUAGUGGUGAGGAGAAGACGGGGAGUAAUUAUAUUUUUAGGCGUUUUGUCAGCUUCUUACGCACGACUUCCAGCUGCACAAACACACAACCCGCCCCAAUUAAGGGGGUUGAGGACAGCUGGUGUGCGUUCGUAUGUCUGUGCGCGUUUUUAAGUGACGAGAUUUUGCGAACAAGCUAAUUAUUUAUUUUAUAAAAUAAUACGUGUUGUUUGUAUGCGAUUAAAUACAUAUUAACAUUUGUAAAUGAUAGACAAGAUAAACAUAAGAAAAAGAAGGAUAUAUUUUUUGCAUAACUACUUACUCGAAAAUAAUGGCCAAAGUUAUAAUGCUUAUCACAACUAACAAACAAAAAAUAAUAAUAUUACAAUGAAAACAUUGUAUAGCUGUACACGCAGCAAAAGCUGCAGACAUAUUCUAAAUAAGUAUUUUCUAAAACGAUUUCAACCACGUUUAGUGUUCGUAGCAGCGAUAAAUAGAUUCAGCCAACUUCCCGAAGAACAAUUCCAAAUAAACUUUUCAUGCCAUUGCCAAAUUUUUGACGUGUGCACCUGCAGCACUCUACGUUUGAAAUCAAAAUUAUGCACGAAUUUUACUGAAUAAUAAAUGACAGACCUAUAUUUUGUAUAAAAUUAUUGAAUAUGGUAAAAUUGUAAAUUUCUCGCUUAAUUGUAGUGAAAUUGAAUUGUGAAAACAAUACAAGAUUGUGAUUUGCCUUUGAGAAUAAGUAUAAAACACUACAAACAUGCAUACGCACAUAACCUAUAAGUGAGCUCGGUUGAAACGCUGAACAAUUAAUUUGUAAAGACGAAAGUUAUGUGAAAAUAUUGUGGACAGUAGGAAAGUGAUACUUGUUUUGUAUAUUAAAAAUCCAAUUUGAAAUACUUGUUGUUGGGAAAAUUUGAAGAAAGUAUUUAACUAGUAAUGUAAGUAAUUAAUUACGUAACUCUCUCUCCGGAGUCUUUCUACCGAAUAAGCGAGCAUAAUAAUGAGUUGCUGAAUUCUACUACUCACUUGCGGUUUCUAUAUUUCCAAAGUCGUGAAUGUAACAGUCGAAAAAUGCCAAGCAUUGCUGCUCCUGAACGCAAACUAAAAAAAGAAAAGUAAAGUUAAUGAACAAAUUAUAUUGGCGAUUGAAUGCGUGUAAAAUUAAGAUAGAAACAGUUGUAGUUUUAGUGACUUUAAAUUUGACAUUUUGUAACUCGGCUGUAAUUCGUAUACAUAUAAUCAUAUUAUCGCUUCUAACUACAAACAUAUAUACAUAUAUAUAUAUAUAUAUUUAAGUAAAUAAUAGAUAACUUAAGAAAGUAAUGAAGGUUUGGUGUUAAUAAUAAUUGCUCGUACAUACACGUGUACAUAUGUAAAUUUGUAAAAAUUGGCCGAAGAAAUUUGCAAAAAAAGCUACGUUAACCUAAAAUGAAGAAAACGAUGACGUCGGUAAAGUAUUUUAACAACUUGCAUUAAAUAUAUACAUACAGACAAGCAUA